AUGGAGGUAGCCGUUGACAAAGCGUUGAAACAGAGUUUAAGAAGAGAGUUCAUCGUUCAGCAAACGCACUGCGAGGAUUUUUUCUGCCUGAACGCUAACACCGUCGCCGGCGACGAUUUCUCCGUCGACGACCUUUUUGACUUCUCAGACGGCGCUCUUCACUACGAACAACAAGAAUACGACGAAGGAAAGAAAAGUUUAUCCGCUUCGUCGCAGUCACAAGACCGCGGGGAAGACGAUAGCAACUCCAAUUCCACCGGCGUUUCCUAUGAUUCACUUUUCUCCGCCGAAUUAGUCGUUCCGGCCGGUGAUUUGGAGGACCUAGAGUGGGUUUCACACUUUGUUGACGAUUCUCUCCCGGAGCUGUCACUUUUAUACCCGGUUCGUUCGGAGGAAGCGAACCGGCGGGUUGAACCGGAACCCUCAGCGAAGAAAACGCCUCGUUUUCCGUGUGAAAUGAAAAUAACUACCAAGGCGAGAACUGUACGGAAUAGAAAGCCUAACGCUCGCGUGUGGACUUUGGGCCCGUUGCUGUCGCUCCCGUCCUCGCCGUCUUCGUGCUCUUCUUCGGUGACGGAGCCUCCCGCGAAGAAGCAGAAGAAGCGGGCCGAGACCCAGCCCGUUGGGACCCAGGUUCAGCGGCGGUGCAGUCACUGUCAGGUGCAGAAGACGCCGCAGUGGAGGACGGGCCCACUGGGCGCGAAAACCCUCUGCAACGCAUGCGGGGUUCGGUACAAAUCGGGUCGACUUUUUUCGGAGUAUAGACCGGCUUGUAGCCCAACUUUCUGCAGCGAUAUUCACUCCAAUAGUCACCGGAAAGUGUUGGAGAUUCGGAAGAAGAAAGGGGUGGCUGGACCGGACACCGGUUCGGCCCAGGCCCAAAUGGUUCCCACCUGCUGA